CCAGUGUUUUUAAGCAGCGCUUCUGCUCGGAGACGCAUCUCUUCAACAUAACUUUAUCGAUUGGCACUGGCGCACAGCGCCUCGUUCUGCGCAUGCGGACUCGUCGCAGGCCGGGUCGCCGCUCCCAGGCGCUUUAUUGUCCCGGUUUGUUUCCUGUGAAGAUGUCGGGAGCGGUUCCGGACCCCCCGGCCGCCCCCGGUUCCGACCCGGCUCGCAAGCGCAGGGCUCACGGCAUGCUGAAGCUGUACUACGGGAUCAACGAGGAGGAGAAACCGGGGGAGAAGCGAGACCCGCUGGAUCCGUGCGACAUCAACGCAGCCCGCUUCGAACCGGAGCUCUAUCUGAACAAGCUGCGGAAGGACUCCUCUCUGGCUGAGCUGAUGGAUCAGGAGUCUGGGAUGGUGAAGCAGAUCCGCUCCCUGGACAGUGACAUGCAGACGCUGGUGUAUGAGAACUACAACAAGUUCAUCUCUGCCACUGACACGAUCCGGAAGAUGAAGAAUGAUUUUAAGAAGAUGGAGGAUGAGAUGGACUGCCUGGCCGCCAACAUGGCUGCGAUCACAGAGUUCAGCGCUCGGAUCAGCGGGACCCUGCAGGGGCAGCACCAGCAGAUCACCAAGCUGUCCGGAGUGCACACUCUGCUGAGGAAGCUGCAGUUUCUCUUUGAGCUUCCCGCCAGACUGAACAAGUGCGUCUCUAUGGAGGCCUUCCCCCAGGCCGUCACCUACUACACCAAGGCCCGGUCCGUCCUGCACCAGUACCAGAACAUGCCCUCCUUCCAGGGCAUCCAGAACGACUGCCAGAACAUCAUGGCUCAGCUGGCCCAGAAACUGCGAGAGAAGUUCCAUGACAGAAGCUCGAGCUCCAGUGAGCUGUCAGAAUGCGUGGAACUCCUCCUGCGAUUGGACGAGCCAGCUGAAGAGCUCUGUGACAAGUUCCUAAGCCACGCCCAGUCCCGACUGGAGGAGGAGCUAGCGGGACUGGAGGCGGAGCUGGGGGCGGGAUCAGACCAGCAGGCCCCUCCCCCUGUCAAUACCGGCUCUACAGAUAUCCUGGAGUUUAUAGACAAGGGCUGCAACAACUUUGUGAGCAGCCUGUGUCUGGUGAUCGCGUCCUAUCAGGACCUUUUCAUCAGCUGUGACCGGGGCACGUUAGUAAGCGGCCGCCUCCAGGACGGGGGUCUGGCCUCGCGGGACGUCCCGCGGAUGGCCUCCGGCAAGCUGAUGGAGUUCGUGGACAGGCUGUGCGGUCGUUACUUCUCCUUGGUGGAGCAGAGGAUCAGCGCGGAGAAAGGCGUUGGCGACAACUCCCUGCUGGUCCGGGCCCUGGACCGGUUCCAUCGGCGUCUCCAAGCCGUCUCCAAGGUCCUGCCCGGCUCGGGGGUCCCCGCGCGGGGCACUGAGAUCGUGGCGGGGGCCGCCCGCGGGCGCCUCCGGCAGUACCUGGCCGGGCUGAAGAGUUUUUACCUGGACAGCCUGACUGACGUGAGGCAGGCCCUGUCCGCUCCCAGGAUCCCCGGGAAGGAGGCUCCGAGCCUGGCUGAGGUUCUGGGCGGCCUCUCCUCCGCGGUUCUGAACCAGGUUAAGUCCGUGUUGGCCUACGUGCAUCUCUUCACAGCCAAGGACGUGAGCUUCGCCAGCAAGGCGUACUUCAGGGGUGAGUUCUGCAGUCAGGGAGUGCGUGAGGGUCUGGUCGUCGGCUUCAUCCAGUUCGUCUGCCAGUCUUCUCAGCAGUUCUGCGAGAGCGUGGGGGAGAAAGGAGCCCCCUCCACCCCCCCCGCCCUCCUCCUGCUCCUGUCCCGUCUCUGCCUGGACUACGAGAGCUCCACCAUCAGCUACAUCCUCACGCUGGCUGACGAGCAGUUCCUGGGGCAGGACCAGUCCCCCCUCACCCCAGUGUCAGUGCUGUGUGCUGAUGCACGGGAGGCUGCACAGCGGCUCCUCAAUCACUAUGUGAAGCUGCAGGGGCUGAUCGUGUCUCAGAUGCUGCGGAAGAGCGUGGAGACGCGGGACUGGAUCAACACCAUCGAGCCACGCAACGUGCGCGCCGUCAUGAAGAGAGUGGUGGAGGACACGACCGCCAUCGACGUGCAGGUGGGGCUGCUCUAUGAGGAGGGGGUGAGGAAGGCUCAGAGCAGCGACUCCAGCAAGAGAACCUUCUCAGUGUACAGCUCCAGACAACAACAGCGCUACGCACCCAGCUACACACCCAGCCCCCCAAUGGACCAGCAACCCAGCAACCUCCUGAGCAACAUCCAGAAACUCUUCUCUGAGAGAAUCGACAUCUUCAGCACCGUGGAGUUCAACAAGGUGUCAGUGCUCACCGGCAUCAUCAAGAUCAGCCUGAAGACGCUGCUGGAGUGCGUGCGGCUGCGAUCCUUCGGGUGCUUCGGGCUGCAGCAGAUCCAGGUGGACUGCCACUACCUGCAGCUCUACCUGUGGCGCUUCGUCACGGACGAGAACGUGGUCCACUCCCUGCUGGACGAGAUCGUAGCCAGCGCCGCCCACCGCUGCCUCGACCCCGCCCCCAUGGAACAGAGCGUCAUCGAGGUCAUCUGCGAGAGGGGCUAGGGGUCGGGGGGGUCGCACAGGGUCAGGGUCGCUGUGCUCUGUGUAUGGUUUCAGUCGUGUGUCGUAUCUCUGUGUGUUUUAUUGAGAAACUAAAAACAAGAAGUUAAAACAUCUGCAGCUGAAAAUGACAAAAAUAAAUCGAUUUAAGAGA